UCCCUACAUUUGAAACUUCAAUUUUCCAGAUUCGAAGCUUGGGUGCUCUAAAAUUCACGUGUGUGUUUUCCCCGUCGUGUUUUCACUCAAAAUUCAUCGAGUAAUGUCUUAAUUACCGAAAUCGUAGUGUUUUCCGUGUGAAAUUCGUCAAUUUCCACCAUGAAAAUUGAAGUUUGACAUAAGUGACGGUUAGAAGAAAACCCAAAUGGUUCGACGCAAGAAAAGUGGGAAAAACUUCAUUAAACACAAUGAAAAUGACGAGAUGGAGGAAACCCUGGUCUUCAAUGACGACAAUACGGGCUUUAACCCCGUUACAACCCCCAAAUGCACCCCCCGCCAGCCCCCUAGUUCCUCCAUCAAAAGCACCCCCGUGAACAAGAAAAGUCGCUCAAAUCGACGUCGGAACAGCUUGAACAGGACGUUAAACGUGACAAAUUUGAAUAUUUUGUUCGAUUCGAGUUAUAUAAAUCAAGGGACGCCGCCCCAGGAGAGCAAAACAGCCCCAGGUGGAAGCACGCAGAGUGUGAAUUUGGACUCGAAUCAGUCGAUCACCGAGACGCCGAAAUUGAGUCAAUUUUCCCUAAUUGAAGACUUUGUCGCGCAGAUUAAGCCCCCCCAAGGCCCCCCGGACAAAAGUAAAAUACAUUAUUUGGGUUCUAACGUUAAUUUAAAUCCCUAUGCGCAAAACUCGGAGGUGAAAUUUGUUAAGGAGCCGAGUUUGGGCGAAAUAUCGUUUUUCACGCCUCGACUUUACAACAAUUUGGCUUCGACGCCCAUCGCCAACAUCAUGAAGGAUUCCCCCAUCAAGGAGAGUCCGAAUAAUGUCAAAAGUGACGUUGACGUUGUCAAAAUCGAUAAAAUUUCGAAUUUUGUGUAUCAAUCGACGCCGGUGGACACGACGGAUCAACAAACGCUUUUAAAUCCUCAAAGGGGCCGAAAGGUCGUUUCGCCUAAAACUCAUCGGUCGAAGAAUUUCACCAUUGUUCAUAAUUUAUCGCGAGUUAAUAAAUCUAAUUCCGGUUAUCGGACGUUUGUCGCAGAUCGGGAGGACAAAGGGGGCAUUGAGGUCAUCUUCCAGAGGCUGAAGAGGCUGAGUAGGACGUCGAUCAAGUGGUCGUGGAAAAUCGUCGAUUUGUGUAAUUACAUCGGGCUGGCUUUGAAAAAGAGUUUCACCUCAAUUUUCAAUGUGUACCGCACGGAAGAGCUCCCAUCUCUCCAAUCCUCAACUUCAGUCUGCAAAUGCGAAAUCUACGAAUCGGAGUUAAGAAUCUGCACGUCUGAAAUCGAAGUUUUAAAAUCGGCCCUCGUCCAAAUCCGCAGUCAAGUCGAAAUCCGUAAAACCUACGACGAAGAAAUCAGUCUAUUGAACGCUCAACUUGCCCAACUCAAGUCCGAAUUCUCCUCAAUUUGCGCCCUCAAAACCGAAUUGGACGAUUUGAAGCAACGUCUCAGACAACCUCCGCCUUGUACUCCUCCACCGCCGCCUCCACCACCUCCUCCGCCACCUCCAUCAGCCCCGAAAACCAUCGUCCCAAAACCGAAAAAAUCCAACAGUAAGAGUAAUAAGGAGAAUUCGCGGCCAAUUAUCUCCCUCGAUGAUAUUCUUAAAGUGAAGUUGAAGAAAACAACGGAGCGACCGACGCCGCAUAGAAGAAAUACGCAGCCGAUGGUCUCGAUGGAAAUGUUGAAACAAGUGAAGUUGAAGCCGCCCUCAAGACCUCAAACGCCGGUUGGUGAGACGAGUCCGAAUUCGAGUUUGACGCGAUUGUUGAGUGAGAAAACCGUAAAGGUUAAGAGGUUAAGGAGGGUUGGGGGUUACAGUUUUGAUGAUGUUUGUAGACGAAACCAGCUGGCGAGGCAAGAGAGGGAGAGGACAGUCAGCUGAAUGGAGUGAAUUGAGGGGGUUUUACCCCUCAAAACAACGGUAUUUUAUUUCGAGUUAUUUUUUUAUAUUGUUUAUUAUGAGUAUAUGUAUAUGGCGAUUUUAAGACAUUCUAUUUUUAUUAAUUUUAUUGAAGGUGGUUUUGAGGAAUUAUGCAACGAAAUACUCAAUUUUGGAUCUUAUUGUGAUAUAUUUAAAUAAUAGAACUUUAUCAA